GCGCGCACGAAGCGCACGAGCGCCGGUGCGGUGAUCGUGCCGCGCGCUCCAGUCUCAGCAGCAGCAGCAGGAGGAGCGUAUAAUCCUCUAGUUUAAUGUUGACAGCGACGCGACACGAGCGAUUUUAACAAUUCUAUGCAGGAAAUCGGACACUGGGACGCAUAUUUCAGCAGAGCCACGCACGGGGUGUCUAGAGACUGACGAGCGGCUGCCAGGCCGAACGCCGUCGGAUGGGAUUCCCGGUCUAGAUGGAGAGUAACCGAGCGGGCGGAGAAGCGUCGCUGCUGUAAAUAAUUCAACAUCGGCGUGGUCAACAAAAAUGCAUCUGCACCAGGUGCUGACGGGAGCCGUUAACCCGGGGGACUGCUGUUACUCCGUGGGAAGCGUCCACGACAUCCCGUUCACGGCCUAUGGCUCAGGCUGUGAUAUCGUGAUCCUUGCAAGUGAUUUUGAGUGUGUUCAAAUUAUUCCUGGAGCUCAGAAUGGAAACAUCCAGGUGGGCUGUGUGGAGUGCUCUCAGCAGCUUGGCCGGAUUGCUGCGUCUUAUGGAAAUACCGUUUGUAUUUUUGAACCGAUUGCUUCCAACCCAAACAAACGUCACAAGCAACUGAAUUACCAAUGGCAGAAGACUGGUCAGUUCUUUCUCAAUGCUAUAACCUACAAUCUGGCCUGGGACCCUCAAGGCAAUCGUAUCUUGGCGGCGACUGAGCGUUUGCAGCUGUGGGCUCCUCCAACCAGUGACACGCUGAUAGAGGAAGAGGACAGUCAGCUGAAUGAUGAUAGAGCUCAUGAGCUGAUGCUCAACGACUGGAAAUGUGUCUGGCAGUGCAAAACUGCAGCUGCUGUUCACAUCACUCAGUGGUCUCCAGAUGGAGAAUACUUCGCCACAGCUGGAAAGAAUGACUGCCUGCUGAAGGUGUGGUAUCCCUCCACAGGAUGGAAGUCUGCAGUGGUGAUGCCAGACGUGACUGAUAAAAAGAUCUCAGCGGUUCAUUUCUCAUUUGUGUAUCUGGCACAUCCGCGUAUGGUGACAGGCUUCUCCUGGAGGAAGACCAGUAAAUAUAUGCCCAAGGGCUCUGUGUGUAACGUGUUGCUGACGUCCUGCGCGGAUGGCAUCUGUCGUCUGUGGAGUGAGACCCUCUUGCCUGAGGACAGUCUGUUGGGGGGGCAGAUCUCAGAGAACAGCGCCAGCUUCAGCUCCACUCUGCCAAACAUCGCUCAGAAAGACAAGAUACAGCACGCUCUGGAGUCUAUCCACCACCUCAAGCACCUGCGCAGGGGCCGCAGAAGAUCGUCUGCCCUGGUAGCCCACACCGAGCUGCUGCCCAGCCAGCUGGGGUCCCACGAAACUCACUGCCACAUUUCACACCACGCCAACGCCCUCUGCCAUUUCCACAUCUCUGCCAGCAUCAAUCCCAACACAGAUAUCCCCGCAGCACUGGCUGGAUCGGGCCUGUUCUCUGAGGACGUCAGUGGAGGGUUUGUGGUUCACUGGCUGAAUAAUAAAGAUCUGAGCUUUACCACCUCCAUGGACCUGUUCAUGCAGCAGCUGCGCAAACUUUCUGAGCAACACCUGGAACAAGCCACUGAAGACUUUGAGCAGGAGGGGGCAGCCAAGAUUGACUUCGAUCUGGAUGAGAUGUCUGAUAAGGGCUCUUCAGAGCAUGAGGAGGGAGAUCAGGAGUGCAGCACCAAGGCCUCUUCUCCAGGUUCGAGCAGCAGUGUUCCUCUGCCCUCUGUUUUGCUGGAUCGGAAGCUGGAUGCUCUCAUCCUGGAGUGGAACAAGAGUCCAGACAUGCUUUUCACUAUUCACCCACAUGAUGGAUCUUUCCUUGUCUGGCAUGUCAAGUACCUGGAUGAGUUCAUACCUGGCAUCUUCAGACAGGUUCAGGUGUCGUUCUCCUCUCGUAUCCCAGUGGUGUUCCCCACAGGUGAUGCUAACUCCCUCAGUAAGAACAUCAUGAUGUACGCCUGUACGUUUAUGGACCAAGAGAAUUGCAACGCUCUGGAGGAUAAAAGAAGUGAGCGGCGGGUUCCUCAGAGUGCAUCUGCGUCUGCGGGGCUCAGUGCUUUUGGACACUCUCUCGCUGCUGUCAUCGGCCCUGCCGUCAUGAUGGUGUCCAAACACGUUGACGGCUCGCUCAACCAAUGGGCUGUGACCUUUGCUGAGAAGUCCGCCUUUUCAAAUGUCCUCACAGUUUCGCACAAGUUCCGUUACUGCGGACACCGUUUCCAUCUCAAUGAUUUGGCUUGUCACACGGUCCUUCCCUUGCUGCUGACAUCAUCUCAUCACAAUGCAUUGUUGACUCCACUCUCUGGAUCUGAGAGCAUUGAUGGAGAUCAGAUUGGGGGCGUGGCUCUACAACCCUCCAGGCUGAUGAGAGGCGUUCCUCGUAAACAGCUGCGAAAUGCAGCCACACGUACGUUCCAUGACCCGAACGCGAUCUACAGUGAGCUGAUCCUCUGGAGAGUCGAUCAUAUUGGCCCACUCUCCUGCACAGGGGGCGUGUCAGAGCUAGCACGAAUCAACUCGCUCCACACAUCUGCGUUCUCCAACGUGGCCUGGCUGCCAACACUCAUCCCUAGCUCAGUGCUCGGAACAUACUGUAACUCAGCAAGUGCGUGCUUUGUGGCGUCUGAUGGUAAAAACCUGCGUCUGUAUCAGGCUGUGGUGGAUGCCCGCAAACUACUGGAUGAACUCUCUGACCCAGAGACCUCUAAACUGGUGGGUGAAGUAUUCAACAUUGUGAGUCAGCAGUCCACUGCCCGACCCGGCUGCAUCAUAGAGCUGGAUGUCAUUACUAACCAGUGUGGCUCGAACACACAGCUGCUCCACGUAUUUCAGGAGGAUUUUAUUUUAGGCUACAAACCACAUGAAGACAUACUAGAGUUCAACAGUACUAGUGUUCCCUCUGCAGAAGAGUACCAGCCCCCUCCUUUCUCAGAAAAGUUCUACCUGGUGGUGAUCGAGAAGGAUGCAAAUCGGAACUCAGUAUUACAGAUGUGGCAUCUUCAUCUGCGCUCGGUGCAGGCGUGUGUGGAAGAGCCAGUAAAUGACCAGGUGUUCCAGAACCAGCUGACGGUUCCUUUGAGUCAGAACUAUGGUGACUCAUCUCCUGACACCACUCCAGAUCAUAGUCCGCUGCCUCGCUCCUCCUCUUCCGCCAACCUGCAGUCAGCCAGCAAACUCAUCCUGAGCUCUAAACUGGUCUACAGUCAGCGGCUAGACCUUCCACGAGGGGUGGAGCUAAUCAGAGCUACGCCCUCUGCCGGUCACUUGAGCUCCUCAUCUAUCUACCCUGUGUGUUUGGCUCCAUACCUGAUUGUGACCACCUGUUCUGAUGGACGUGUCAGGUUCUGGCACUGUAGGGUGGACAUGGAAUUAUCAGCGCCACACCCCAAAGAGACACGUUCAUAUCGGUGGGAGCAAUGGAGCCUCUUGAAAGAAGAAGACGACAUCGACAGCUCUGUGUGUGUUGCGGGCCGACCCGUUGCGGUCAGCUGCUCCUACACGGGAAGACUUGCUGUGUCGUUCAAACAAAUGUCACUUGAGAACGAGGGUGGCAUGCCUCAGGACUUCUCCAUGCUUGUAUCAAUCUACGAGUGUGAGUCGACGGGUGGCUCGGAGUGGGUCCUGGAACAGACGAUUCACCUUGAUGAUUUUAGCAAACCUGUGAAAACCCUAGAUCCACGUGUUAGUGUUGAUAGCAAUUUGGUUGUCUAUAGCAAGUCAGAUCUGUUUGUAACCAAAGACAGCCCUAAUAUCAAACACUUUGUGCACCUGGACUGGCUGUCAAAAGAAGAUGGGUCGCACAUCCUGACGGUCGGGGUUGGAUCCAACAUCCUUAUGUAUGGACGCAUCUCAGGGGUUGUCACAGAGCAGACAGGAGUGAAGGAUGGCAUGGCAGUCACCCUGCCUUUAGGGGGCAGUAUAAAGCAGGGAAUUCGCUCUCGUUGGGUGCUUCUGAGGUCUGUAAACCUCGUCUCUUCUGUGGAUGGUACCCCAUCCCUGCCGGUGUCCCUAUCCUGGGUGCGUGAUGGCAUCCUGGUGGUGGGCAUGGAUUGUGAGAUGCAGGUUUAUGCGCAGUGGAGGCAGGACGAAAAACCAGGCGACUCAGACAACAACAGCAUCUCAUCCCCAGAGGGCAUUGGAGGUCGCACUAUGUCUGUUUCAAAUGAGGGCAGUGCGCGAUCUAAGAGUGUCUUCGAGGGUAGUGCAGGAAUUGAUGAUGUGUUCCACCCCCCAGCAGUGAUUCAAGAUGGCGGCUUGUUUGAGGCUGCCCAUUCAUUGUCACCCACUCUUCCGCAAUACCAUCCAACCCAGUUGCUAGAGCUUAUGGACCUCGGAAGGGUACGUCGUGCUAAGGCCAUUUUGGCACACCUGGUCAAGUGCAUUGCUGGAGAAGUUGCAGUGGUGAGGGAUGUGGAAGCAGGUGAGGGUGGUGCCAGGAGGCAUCUAUCCCGAACCAUCAGCGUGACGGGUAGCACAGCAAAAGACAUUAUCGUUGCUGGCCGAGAUGUUGGGCGAGAUUAUACUGAAAUCAACUCCAUUCCCCCGCUUCCACUAUACGCCCUGCUGUCUGCAGACCAGGACACCUCUUACAAGAUGGGAGAGGAAGCGGGAAAAGGGGCAGAUUGUGAUACACAGAAACAACCAGAGGAUCAAUACUCUGGUCUGUUUCAGGUGCAGACUGUCACCACUGACGAUUUUGUGAGCUUUGCUGCAGAGAAACCAGAGAAGAAGUCUCGUGUGAUUAACCUAUCACAAUACGGCCCCACAUACUUUGGCCCUGAACAUGCACAAGUGCUGUCUUCACAUCUUAUGCACUCCAGCCUGCCAGGUCUCACACGCCUCGAGCAGAUGUUCCUUGUGGCUCUUGCCGAUACUGUGGCGACCACUAGUGCAGAAGUAGCAGGACCCACAGAUAAACAGUACACUGGUGGAGAGGCUCUAGAUGAGUGUGGUCUACGUUACCUGCUGGCCAUGAGGUUACAUACCUGUCUGCUGACAUCCCUGCCCCCACUCUACAGGAUGCAGCUACUGCAUCAGGGUGUGUCCACAUGUCACUUUGCGUGGGCGUUCCACUCAGAAGCUGAGGAGGAGAUGCUGAACAUGAUUCCUGCCAUGCAGAGAGGAGAUCCGCAGUGGUCUGAGCUCAGGGCGGUGGGCGCCGGUUGGUGGGUCAGAAACAUUAACACACUGAGGCGGAUGGUGGAGAAGGUAGCCAAAGCAGCAUUUCAGAGGCAUAAUGAUCCGCUGGAUGCAGCUCUCUUCUAUCUGGCCAUGAAGAAGAAGGCUGUUCUCUGGGGUCUCUUUAGGUCUCAACAUGAUGAGAAGAUGACCCAGUUUUUCAGCCAUAACUUCAGUGAGGACCGCUGGAGGAAGGCGGCUUUAAAGAACGCCUUCUCUCUCCUGGGCAAACAGCGCUUUGAGCAGUCAGCUGCAUUUUUCCUGCUCGCUGGCUCCCUGAAAGACGCAAUUGAGGUUUGUCUGGAGAAAAUGGAGGACAUCCAGCUUGCAAUGAUUGUUGCUCGUCUUUACGAGGCUGAUUAUGAGAGUUCCUCCACCUGCCAGGGUAUCCUGUACGAGAAGGUUCUCGGCUGCAACAGAGAUGGAAGUGGCUUCUCCUGUACCAAACUGCACCCUGACCCAUUCCUGAGGAGCAUUGCGUACUGGAUCAUGAAGGACUACACCAGAGCCCUGGACACACUGCUGGAGCAGAUUUACAAAGAGGAUGAUAAGAACCCUGAUGUUCUGGUGAAAUCUUGCAAUCCUGUCGUCUUUAGUUUCUAUAACUACUUGCGCGCGCACCCUCUGAUUAUUAGACGACAUUUUGCCAAGCCUGAAGCAUCUAGGGUUGCAGUUGGUAUAACAUCAGAACGCAACUGCGCAGACGAAAUAAACCUGAUAGAGCGGAAACUCUUCUUCACCACCGCUAACGCUCACUUUAAGGUGGGCUGCCCACUCCUGGCCCUUGAGGUCUUAUCCAAAAUCCCUAAAGUCACUAAGAAAGCAUCUUAUCUGAGUAAGGGCUCAUCUGUGGCCAACGUCAGUGCCCCCCAGCCACAGGAGAACGGAGGAAAGGCUUCAGAUCUCGACUGGGGAGCUCCUGGCAUCCCCAGUCAGGCCUGGGGAGCAGCGUCUUCCACCGGGUUGGACUGGAGUCAACCGAUGGUUAAAAUGGAGGAUGAGGGUCUACAGUUGGAUUGGGGUUUUGAUAAGGAAGAAGAUGAGGAUGAAGAGGGUGGGCUGACCAUGAAGAAACCAGAGGUGGAGGAUGAGGAGGCCAAAAAGCCAUCCGAAUCAGCAGCCCUGCAGCGUGAAGACCCAACGGGUGAGUCAGAGGUGGACGUGAUCGCCGAACAGUUGAAGUUCCGAGCCUGUUUGAAGAUCCUCAUGACGGAGCUGCGGACGCUGGCAACAGGAUAUGAGGUGGAUGGUGGCAAACUGCGAUUUCAGCUCUACAACUGGCUGGAGAAAGAAAUCGAGGCCAUGCACCACAUCUGCAACUAUAAGGUAUAUAGCAAGACUAGUGUACCAAAACUAGAGAAAUGUGGAGAUGAUGGAUCUCUGGACCUGGAAGACUCACAGAUUCGUGGUGAAGCAGGUGCAUACGAACGUCAUCAGAUGGAGCGACGGCAUCUGCAGGCCAAGCAGCUACAUGCAGAGCGGAGGAAAGCCUGGCUGAGAGAGAAUCAGGCUCUGCUCAGAGUCUUCCUCAGUUACUGCAGUCUACACGGAGCCAAGGGUGGAGGAGUGACUUCUGUCAGGAUGGAGCUACUCUUUCUGCUGCAGGAAUCACAGCAAGAAAUGACAGCGAAGCAGCUUCAAUCGGUGAAUGCUUUACACACACUCGCUGCUUCUCUAUCAGCUUGUAUCUACCAAUCGCUAUGUGACAGCCACAGCUACAGUAGUCCGUCGGAGACCAAUCAGUUCACAGGGAUGGUCUAUCAGGGGCUGUUACUGAGCGACAGGCAUAGACUUCGCACCGAGAGCAUCGAGGAACAUGCAACGCCCACCUCUGCCCCUGCACAGUGGCCAGGUGUGUCGUCUCUGAUCAAUCUGCUGGCGUGUGCUCAGGGUGAUGAUCAAAUUCGUCUGAACGUCAUGUUUUGUGAGGCAGUGGUGGCUGUGUAUCUCAGUCUGCUGAUUCACGGUCUUGGCACACAUUCUGGAAACGAGCUCUUCCGGCUGGCUGCUCAUCCCCUCAAUAACCGCAUGUGGGCAGCCGUGUUUGGGGGUGGAGCCAAACUUAUUGUCAAACCCAAGCGGCCACCUGAAAUCACUCCAGCAGUACCUCAUCCAACCCCUCCUGCUGAGGAUGUGGACCGACAGCGACGCAGGUUUAACAUGCGCAUGCUUGUUCCUGGACGUCCCGUUAAAGAGACUCCAGCCACACCUCCGCCCAUCCCUGUAGAGCGGCCCACCUAUAAGGAGAAAUUCAUUCCACCUGAGCUCAGCAUGUGGGAUUACUUUGUGGCCAAACCUUUCCUUCCUCUCUCUGACAGCGGUGCACUGUAUGAUUCAGAUGAGAGCGGUGGUAGUGACAAUGAGGAUGAUGAUGAUGAUGAUGAUGCCUUCCUCUCAGACACACAGAUGACAGAACACUCCAAUCCAAACUCCUACAGUUGGUCUCUGAUCCGCCUUGUGAUGGUCAAACUUUCCCUGCACAAUGUCAAGACGUUCCUGCCCCUGACAGGACUGGACUUCACAGAGUUGCCAGUGACGACUCCCCUGACCAAUGCUGUGUUGAAGACACUGGAAAACUGGGAACAGAUUCUCCUGGAAAAAAUGAACAAAUUUGACAGCCCUCCACCAAACUACAUCAACACCUACCCCACGGACCUGAGUGCUGGCGGGGGACCGGCUAUACUCAGACACAAAGCCAUGCUAGAACCAGAUAACACACCGUUCAAGUCAAAGCACCACCUCUCCUUCCCUGCUCGCCGUCUGUGGCAUUUUCUAGUCAAGCAGGAGGUUCUCCAAGAGACUUUGAUUCGAUACAUCUUCACAAAGAAAAGGAAGCAGAGUGAGUCUUUAGAUGAUCAUGUGGACCACCUCAUACAAAACUACGUUACUGGAGCUCGAAAAACCAACAAGGUGGAGGCUGAUAUGGGUUACCCGGGAGGCAAAGCCAAAAUCAUCCAUAAAGAAUCUGACAUCAUCAUGGCAUUUGCCAUUAACAAGGCUAACACUAAUGAAAUAGUGCUGGCGUCUACUCAUGAUGUCCAGGAAGUGGACGUGUCCUCACUGCUCGCAGCUCAGCCUUACACCUGGAUCGGAGAGGAAUUUGACAAGGAGUCUCGCAGCUCUGAUGAUGUGGAUUACCGCUCGUCUCACACCAACAUCGCCCAGGCCAGUGCCGGUCCAUUUGCCCCCCAACAAAUGGCAGCAUCAUCCUCCAUGCCAUGGCUGGGCAGCGGACAGACCAGCAUGGGUGCCAGUGUGAUCAUGAAGAGGAACCUGAAUAACGUGAAGAGAAUGACAUCUCAUCCCAUCUAUCAGUACUAUAUGACGGGUGCUCAGGACGGCAGUGUGAGGAUGUUUGAGUGGAAUCGUCCACAGCAGCUCAUCUGUUUCAGACAGGCCGGCAACGCUCGAGUCACACGCCUCUAUUUCAACUCACAGGGCAACAAGUGUGGUGUUGCAGAUGGCGAAGGCUUUUUGAGCCUCUGGCAAGUCAAUCAGACCUCCUCAAACCCCAAACCUUAUUUGAGCUGGCAGUGUCACAGUAAAAGCUGCGGUGAUUUCGCCUUUAUUACGUCCUCCAGUCUGAUUGCCACAGCAGGACAGUCUAACGAUGGCAGGAAUGUUUGUUUAUGGGACACUCUGAUCUCUCCAAGUAACUCUAUGAUACACGCGUUCCAGUGCCAUGAGAACGGCGCAACGGUUCUUCAAUAUGCUCCUAAACAGCAGCUAAUCAUCACGGGCGGCCGGAAGGGAUUCGUCUGUAUUUUUGACAUCCGUCAGAGACAGCUGCUACACACAUUCCAGGCACAUGAUUCAGCCAUCAAAGCGUUGGCCAUGGACUCCACUGAAGACUUCUUCGUCACCGGCUCAGCCGAAGGGAACAUGAAGGUCUGGAAGUUGGCGGGUCACGGUCUCAUGCACUCCUUUAGCACCGAGCACGCUAAACAGUCCAUAUUCCGAAACAUCGGCGCCGGCGUGAUGCAAAUCGAAACCUGCCCAGGCAACCGGAUCUUCACCUGCGGAGCCGACGGGACCCUGAAAAUGAGGGUCCUUCCCGACCGCUACAACAUUCCAGCCAGUAUAUUCCAGAUCCUCUAACACCGGAGCGGCCGUAGAAGACUAAUGCUUUUAUCGGCACCUCCACGUUUCCUUAGCUGUGAAUUGUAACAAAUAUCUCGCACUGCAGAAUAUCUUUACCACCCCGCCCCACAAAAGACGUUGGAAAACACGCAUGAGGUCCCUCAAUUCUAACAAUCGACUACUGUAAUUUCUGGAGACGAAUUCAGAUAAUGUGUUGGUAGGAAAGCCGUAUGCAUGAGCUGUUUGAAUCAUCGCACUCCAUUCCCAGGUUAUUGGUCGUGCUCUGUAAAAGUGCUCAAAGCUCCAUUUUUAAGUGUGUAUGUGUGUGUGUGUGUGUGUCUUCAUUCUGUGCCCAUUUUAGCAUCUAAAUACCAGCACUGUGCUUCUGAUAUCAGUGUAAGUCCAGUUGUUGGAUUAUGUUUUUACUGUACAUUUUCUCCUUGGCUGCUAAUGUAUUUGCAGAGUGUAAAAAUGGCAGAGUACCCUGGCAGCCCGGCGGUUGCGCCGUGGCCCCAGAGACACACCCCCUCCCUUCCACACGCACACGCUGCCGACACGCUUGUUUCCGUAGCAGCCAAACAGCUAAACAUUCCACGCAAGGCGAUGAUGCUUGCUCCUGGAAAUGGCGUGUUUGACCUUUUCAUCUCUCAAGCCCUGAAAUUCUCACUUUGAAUAGAAAACGGUUUGGUUUUGCACAAAAUAUUUGUUCGUUUGUUUGCUCGUUUUAGUUUCGUUUGUUCUUUUACAAGUUCUUAUUUAUAUUUAAUUUUAGGAAUGCAAGGUAUGUUUUAGAUGUCUGGGACAAAGUGCAACACUGAAUAGGUUUGUGUUUUAUUUAUUUAUAUAUUUAUUUUUUUCAUGUUUUAUCUAUUCUAAAUAUUUGCACUCAGAUCUGGGGAAACAAUAACACUCUUACGUUACAAGUAAUAAAAGCUCUAUUAGAGGAAACUGUUAUUUACAAAUGAAUAUCUGGCUUUGUGUGGCCGAGUAGUAAAAAGUGGAAAUAGUUUUAAAUG